ACUUGACUAAUAACAUGGAUGAUCAUGUAAGAAUAGGUAAUAUCACAAAUAUACCAAGGAUGCCAAAGAUCUACGGACUUGCCUUAUUAAGCGAGCCCGCGGACUUGCUCUUGAUCACCACCGGAAUUGAUCAUUGAGAGUACCUGACCCCACACCAUGAAGAGAAUCAGAUGUAUCGGGGACCACGGAGAUGGUAAUGGGUUGAAACGAAGACAAGUGCGGGCGGCUUGUUCUUCCUGCAGGAAGGGGAAACGCAGAUGCCAUCACAAUCCUGAGAAUGAACCUCCGAAGGGAUCUACGAGCGAGGUAACGAAUGCGCUCACUAGCUCGCUAAGCAGUAUUGACUACGUCGACUCUACAAUUCAUGAGAAUGAGCAAUCAUGUUCGCCUGUUUUUGAUUCAGGGUCAACAGCUCUCUUCAUUGGGCCUUCCUCAGCAAACCGUCUUCUACUAUCUGCAUGCAUAUCUCCCGAUAUGACGGGAAUUGGCAUAGAGCUGGAUGCGGCGCGACAGCUUCCUUGCUCUCGGAUCCUGCGCCCUUCUCUUCAGGAUAUGAAAGCGCCUGCGUCGGAACGCCGACCGGGCGUCGCCCCAGAAUACCUUCCCAUGGUGGUAAGAGCAGUGUUGCCAUACCUAGAAAUCGAGUGUCUUCGAGUCCUACCCCCUCAGCAGGAUUUGGAUUCGCUUAUACAGAUUUUCAAGCAAGAAAUCCACCCUAUUCUACCCAUUGUAGACUUUACGACAACAGCACUCGCAGAACCUGUCAACCGCGAGGAUGCGGCAUCUAUCACACUGAGGCAGGCUAUUUGUCUAGCUGCUUGCAAGAACACGUCAGCUAAACAAUAUCUCAAUCUCCCAAAAUGCGAAAAUGGGCCCAUUGCCCAGAGGACGCCUCGAGAGUUUGCUGACGCGACUUUUAGCGCUCUCAAAAUCGCCUUGGAUAUCGGUCUUGUCGAUAACAGACUGGAGCUUGUUCAAGUCUUAGCCCUGAUGACAUUACAUUCCUACGGUCCCGACGGCGACGAUGAAGUAUCCCGCUUAUGUGGUCAAGCUGUCCAUUAUGCUUACUCCGCCGGCUUACACUAUCCUUCGCGGCCGGAAAGUCCCCUUUCAGAAACUCGACGUAUGGAAAUACUAUGCUCUCUCUUCGCCCUUGACAAAAUCAUCGCCAUGGUCACGGGCCGUCCGACAAUAAUCCGAAGUAAUGAAAUAUGCUUGCCAGCAGAGAAUGAUGAUACUUUGAGAACUCUUCCACCUGGUCUUCAGCUCUUGUUUUGUCUGUGCCAGAGGCUUGACCGCAUCCUCGAUCUUUACCGAGCCCGGCCACCCCAUGAGAUGGAAAAAGAAGAAUGCAUCUGGGAGACAUCUUGGCAGGGGUUCGAAGAUCUAGCUAGGGACUGCAAUGCUCACACCAUGGAGGCGCCCCUCCAAGUAACCCUUGAGCUUCUUUGUCACAGUAUGAGCGUCAUAUCUUAUCGGCCACCCAAGGCUUUACCCAUUGAUCAUCAAGCCCCUGAAAUCACACCGUCUCCAUCAAUUCAGAGCUCAAGAAUGGGGCAAAAGUACUGUGCCCAACAAGUAUGUCUCCUCCUUGAGCAAGAAAUAACCAUGCUUCCCUUUAUACCAUAUGCAGCAUCUCUUUCACUAACGGUCGCUCUACGUACCAUACGGACAACCUUCCUGGAAAGCACAAAGCGGAUUGCUAAGAAGGACGCAGAGAAGAGCCUACAACUGCUUGAUAGGUUAGCAGAUAUUUAUUGGCACGCGGAAUCGACGAGUAUGGUCGGACGUCGGAUUCUUCAAAGUCUUUUAUAAGCAAGUAGUAUUAGGCAUUCGUUGGUUUACUAGGUUGGUGUCUACUCCGUGUUGAUUGCUAACAUGACUCCGAGUUCGUCUCUCACUGAUAUUCAAUCGUAGGUAGGCAUAUAGUACAUAUCCAAACACGACACUUGAUAGCUUCUUACCUAGAUCAUCGUGAGUUUCGGUACAUACUAGGCAACGGCUGCUUCUCAAGCUGGUCCUUUGCUUUUUCUAUCCACUUUUUUACCCACCUCUUUCUCCUACAUACCUAGGUAGUAGGAAGCGCGCGCGAUUUCGAGUCCACAGAAAUUUGUAGAACUCGAAAUAACAGUUUCCUCCAAUAUUUGGAUAGGUCCUACUAUUAAUAGAUCGAUUCGAGAUCGAAAUAUGACCUGUUAUUAUAUUUCGAUACUCGCGUUUUGAUAUUAUUUCGUGUAACUCACUCCACUUGGAAGGCGGCUAUUAAAGGAAUGAAGUACGAAGUCUGCGUUACACAACAAAAAGGGGCUUAAAACUUCACCUAUACUACUAUAUACCUAUCCGUGAGAGGAUAUUCUAAGACUAUUCAGCGCCUAUUUUCAACUAAUCCUCGUUGUUUAGGUGGAACUUGUAAGUCUUCUGAAUCAAUUUUCUUGGGCAAGUUCUUAACUCGUUACCCAUGUCUUAA